AUGGACAGCUUCAAGAAUCUUAUAUUUCAGUUGCUAGACCCGAUACCUCAAUAUGUAUCAGGGUGUUUACCAGCUCUGGCAAUAAUGGGAGAAUCUCCGGCAAAUAAGCUUACACGAAAAUUAACAUGGUUAUUUCGAUGUCUUGGAUGCCCCUUUACGGGGUUAUUUUACGCGAUUAACAUAGGUGGCAAAAAAGAGUCUCGAGUCGCGUACUGGCUUUCAUCAAAUAAAUUUGUUACUGCUGGAGGUACCGAACCAGAAUUUAGGCCAUUAGGAUUUUAUUUUUGCGAAAUUAAUAAUGAUGAUAUAAAAAAACAUAUAGGUCAAUGCACAGCAAAGGUAUCUAUUUUGGAAAUAUUCUCGGCAUAUGUGUCAGGAUACUUUACUCUGAUUGGUUUGUUGGCGUUGAUUUCUAAGGCGACGGGAACUAUUAGCUGCAACGGUUGGCCAUAUAUACCAUCAUUAUUGUCCUGGACACUCCCAGCAAUUUGGAGAAGGAUUCGUUCAGGAAAUAUGGUAAUUAAAGAGCCUGAUAAUGUAUUUGAAGAACAUGAAAUAAGGGUUGUUGAAAACCAUGACGAUAGAGCUUCUAAACGUAUUACCGUUUCUAUAACUGCUUUAUUAUCAAUAUGUUAUCCUUGGAUAGUAUUAUUAUUGGCUUACUUUUCACGACCAAUUGGCUAUGGUUGUCGAA